AUGAACCUAAUGCUCUACGAAGAAUGGACUACUUCACCUUCUCAAGCAGACGGGCUCAGCGAGGCAGAGGAACGCAGGCAACUGGAAGAAAUCUACGCUAUUAUAGUCGAACUCACUAAAUUACUGAGCAGAGACCAAUUUAUUGCGUCUUCAGCGAUGGUCAUUAUUCACAAAUAUUUCAAACUAUAAUCUCUUGUUAAUGUUUCAUCUCCGCCCCUCUUCAUCGCAACCUCGAGCGUAUUCAUCUCAGCCAAGGUCCUUUACAUGCCGGUUACUCUGGAGAAGGCGGUGCAAGCUUUGUUUCACAUAGAAAAGCGUCAAAACCGAACCUCCAUGAUGAAGGCUUCGCUCACAAAGGACCGAGAAAAACAUUACAGGGAUAUGCUCGAAAGAAUAGAAUUUGAAAUUCUAUAGAUGAUUGGAUUUGAUUCCGAACAUGAGUUACCAUAUAAGCAUCUGCGCAGUUUUUGCGAGAAGCAUGUGCCCGUUGCUUCGAGAGCAUCACUGCACAGCACUGCUUUCAGAUUUUGUAAUGACUCAUUCAAAUUGCCCGCGUGCCUCUACUUCCACCCAAAAAUUAUUGCGGCUGCUUGUAUCUAAAUGGCAGCUAAAUGGCGAAUGAACAAUGGAUUGGAAGCAGGAAUGGAAUUGCGAAUACAAGGCCAUCCAUGGUUCAAAUGGAUUGAUUCCGCCAUAGAAUAGGCCCAAAUUACCGAGGUAAUAACUUAUCUUCGUGUAUUGUACCAAAAAUAACCAGAAACCAAGAAGCCGACCCAAGAAAAUGUAUAAAUAUCUUCAACUGUGUAAAUACUUUUUUCAUUAUAAUCAAAUGUGUUACUUUAAGGCCCUUGA